GCUUCUUCCAGUUUCCGUGAAAUCCGUCGAAAAUAAUUAUUGACUGUUAAGUCAACCAAGAGAGCGGUGUGUAUGCGCCAUGAAGAACCAGUUGAAGAACAGACACGCGCGUUUCGCGCAUGGAGCCGCCUCUUCCCUCAAACGACACGACAUUGCGACCUGCAACAGAGCGUCCUUUGACUAUUUCCGACCAUAAAUCUGGUAUGAGGUAAUGAACACACUGGCAAUUGUGCACGGGACGGAUGUUGAGCCAUGUUCAACCUGAAGUGACAAGGGUCAGAAGAAUAUUUCCCCACCGCAGUGGUCAAUCCUUGUCGGUGCCAUCUUACAACCCUCAAAAUAAACUACUCUGUAUCGCCCCUAAAAGUGUCUAGUAGGAGAAUUGAGGUGAGUGGCCACCUGGCGUAUGUCCAUAUUAUGCUUGUAUAUAAAUAUAUUCCGCCUUCCCACUUUUUAAAACAGGUAGAAUCAACCUUAAAUCACCUCGUAUUUCAAACAUCAACCCUGGAUAAAAUUGGCAAUAAUAUAAUAAUAUAAAACGCACCAUUACCACUUAUUCCCUUCCUUGGACAAGAUUUGAUCGCGACUGCAAUGAACGGGAUUGAGGGUUAUGCUGCAGCCAAUGGUGGUCCGAGUCGGGCUCGGGUGGCGCCCGUGAAAGUGCUCUGUCUUGGGCCUCCAAGAGCAGGGGCAAAUUCGAUCCACGCUGCCCUAGGGAUGCUGGGAUAUCAUGACAUAUACUAUUUCACGUCAUCUAUCAAUGACCGAACACGAGAUACACAAGCAUGGCUCGAAGCAUUUGACACAGUAUUUGAAGGGAAAGAGACCUUCAAGAAGGGGGAUUUUGAUCGUUUAUUCGAAGGCUGCCAGGCUGUUGUUGGGCGCCCAUGUUGUGCGUUUGCCCCACAGUUGAUUAAGGCAUACCCGGAGGCAAAGGUAAUCCUGAACACGCGUGAUGUUGAUGAAUGGUACAUGUCCUGGGCCAAGCUCAUCAAAGCGAAGAUGGCCCAAGAACAAAAAGAAAGUAAAGUGAAUCCUGAUAUUGAAGAUCCGCAGAAAUUAGCUGCAAAAAUGUUGCGGGAUAAAAUUUUGUAUGCUUUCUUUAGAGGCGAUUUCUUAAAUACGGCAAAGGCGGCAUUCAAGACCCAUUUCAAUGAAAUCUGCGAGCUCGUACCAAAAGACAAGCUGUUGAUAUAUGAUAUCAAGGAAGGGUGGAAUCCUCUGUGUGAAUUCCUUGGGAAACCUGUUCCCUCGGAGCCAUACCCUGGACAUGAUAGUUUAGAAGUUUUCGGAGAAAAGGUGCCCAGUCAGGCCAAGGGAAAAGCAGGGGAACUGAAGCCGCUCCACCACGCCGUGGUGGCAGCACCAAAGGGAGCUGGUGUUGAAGCUUAGAAAAAGCCUGGUGUCAGAAUCGCUGUAUGAAUACCCGUUUUAUGAUGUGACAAAAAUUGAGUUUCCUGGCUAUUUCUGCAUCUAAUUCUAUUCACCAUAAAUAGUUUGGCUAAAUGUUGUUAAACUAGGGUAGAAUUAUUAGUCGCCGCAGGAUACGUGACAGAAAGUUAGAAUAAUGAUGAAUAUAUCUUCAUCUUACCAGG